AUGCCAUCGAUCAUGUUGGGCAAGCGCUCUCGAGGUACAGAAACAACAGGCGCGUCCUCAAAAUCCACCUCGAAGUCGCUGAUAGCUAAUGACGCGAUCACGACAAGAUCGAAGAGACGCAUAGUGAUCAACGAGCCGAGCGAUGAGAACGGGAACCCAUUCAUAUCUCACCAUGAGGAUUUGCUGGAAGAAAGUGUCGGUGUACAAGAAGACUCUAGACCCGUGAAAAGAACGCGGACAACGCGAACUGUGCCUGCUAAACGUGGCACCAUCGAACAACGUCUUGAGGUCUCGCCUGCCAAGAUCAAUGCCCACUUCAAGGUUGCCAAGUCGAGUAUCGACGUAUAUCAAGACAGCAAGAACGAUGCAAAAGCCGAACCUCAGACACCACGGCAUCGUGACCGAACCGCUGGCAGAGUAGCAGUCACGCCCAGACAUCGUACGCUACUUGCCGGUGCUCAAGCGACACCGCGCACACCGAAGACGCCUUCCUCGCCACUUUCAGCAUCAACAGCGAUUUACAAUGAAGCACGUCAGCUCUUCUCCCGCUCUUCGAACCCUGGAAGGCUCGUUGGACGUGACGGUGAGAGGCAGGAGAUGUCCACGUUCGUGGAAGGCUGUAUAGCAUCGCAGUCGGCAGGCUGCUUGUAUGUCUCCGGACCGCCGGGAACGGGAAAGAGUGCAUUAGUUGAUGAGGUCUGCCAAAGAUACAAGGAUGAGAUGAGUGUUAAAAUCUCGGUGGUAAACUGCAUGAGUGUACGAAAUGCGAAAGAUCUGGCGCAGAAACUGCAGGAGGAUCUGGAUUUGAAAGAGAACUCGGGAUUUGAGUAUCUACGGACAUGUUUCGAUCGAGGCAACGCACGAGACGCACAGAAGUAUCUGAUAAUUUUGGAUGAGGUGGACGCACUGGUCGACAUGGAUUUGGAGUUGCUCUACAGUCUGUUCGAGUGGUCGAUGCAGGAGUCCUCUCGGCUGAUCCUACUCGGUAUUGCGAAUGCACUGGACCUGACAGAUCGCUUCCUGCCACGUUUGAAGGCACGAAAUUUGAAGCCAGAGCUUCUCCCCUUCAUGCCGUACUCUGCCGGACAAAUCGCAGAAGUCUUGACCUCGAAGCUGAGGACUCUGGCUCCAGGAUCUACUACGGUACCGUUUCUGCAUCCGGCGGCGAUUCAGUUCUGCUCGAAGAAAGUGGCUGCUCAGACUGGCGAUCUCCGCAAAGCAUUCGACAUCUGUAGACGUGCUAUCGACGUGGUGGAACAGGAGACUCGGGGGACGGACGCUCAAGCUAUGCUAGAGAUGAGUCCGUCCAAGACACCACUCAUGGAUAACAUCAACUUGUCCUCGCCAGUGACACCUCGAUCGCCAUCGAAAUCGCUUGCGAAGAACAGGCCAAUGGUGGUAUAUACUCUCGAGAGCGCACCAAAGGCAACGAUCGCACACAUGGCGAAGAUCACAGCACAAGUCUUCGGCAACGGCAUGGCUCAGCGCCUAAGCACACUCAAUUUGCAACAGAAAGCCGUCCUAUGCGCGCUCGCAGCACUAGAGAAGUCGAAGCGCGAUGCACAGGUCGAGCGCACCAUGCUCUCCACUCCCUCAAAACACAACCCCUCGGCACCCACGGUCAAACAGCUGUACACUUCAUAUAUCGGCCUUUGCGACCGAGAGAAGCUACUUCAUCCUCUUAGCAGUGUGGAGUUCCGGGAUGUGGUUUCGGGGCUUGAAACGUUGAGUUUGGUAUCUGCUGUUGAUGGAAGGAGUGGGAGUCUGGCACUACCAAUCACGCCUUCGAGAACACCCUCGAGAAAGGGCAAAGGUGGAUUUGGAGUUGUUGGGGCUGGUGACGAGAAGAGGAUUGCUAGUGCUGUCGGGGUUAAGGAGCUUGAGGCUUCGCUCGAAGGCAAGGGUGGCGAGCUUCUGAGGGACUUGUUGAGAGGCGAUUCGUUGGCUUAA